ACUUUUUAUCCGACCGUCGGGUUGUUUGUAUGAUUUGUACUCUAUUAGCCAUAUUCUAUUAUUUCUUAAGUGCAAUGGCUGCCAACCAAGAAAGAACUUUUAUAAUGAUCAAACCCGAUGGUGUCCAAAGAGGGCUUGUUGGAAAAAUUAUCAAAAAGUUCGAGCAAAAAGGAUUCCGACUAGUAGCAAUGAAAUUCAUGUGGCCCUCUGAAGAACUUUUGAAGAAACACUAUGCUGACCUAGCUGGCAAACCUUUCUUCGCAGGUCUAGUAAAUUACAUGAGCUCUGGUCCAGUAGUGCCAAUGGUAUGGGAAGGUUUAGGAGUAGUAAAAACUGGCCGUGUACUACUAGGUGCUACCAAUCCUGCUGACAGUGCUCCUGGUACCAUUAGAGGAGAUCUCUGCAUCCAAGUAGGACGUAACAUCUGCCAUGGUUCAGACGCUGUAGAAUCAGCAAACAAGGAAAUUGACUUGUGGUUUACUGAAAAGGAAUUAGUACCCUGGACACCAGCUGUCAAAACUUGGGUCUAUGAAGACUAGAUAAAGUACUCUUGCUAUCUUUUGUAUUAUUUAAUAAGUAACCAAUAAAAAUAAAAUCUCAUCACUAAAUAAAAAUAUUUGGUACAGUU